UCGGGCGAUUCUGCGUGGGGACGCUUUCUUGUUCAGAGGAGUCGCUGCCGAGUCCUCCGUAUGCUCAGCUCUGAUCAAUCAUCUCUGCCUCUUCUGCGCUUCUGAACCUCCUCACCGGCUUCACUCACUCUCGAGCCGCAAGUGCGUUUGUGUGUGAGCUAGCCUCCAUCGAAGAAGAAGAAGAAGAAGAAGAAGUCGAUUGGCUGGACUGGGACUCGAGAGGGGACGAAUAUUGCCCCGUGGGGACUCGGACUAGGGGGACUCGUAGCGUCGUCAAUAGUUGGUCCGCCUUCAUCGUGUCGAGGGAGAAGCUUUAUUUACAAUAUUGUUCGCCAGGGUGCGAGCGAGAGAUCGUACAAUAGGGGAGGGGAGGGGAGGGGAGGGGAGAGGAUCAAUUUCGCCAGGUUCGGUACUCGUGGGACAAGUGGAUGCAAGAGUUUAAGUAAGCGGGAGAAUGCCUUUUCGCGCAGUUGGCGCAGCUCCGAAGUUGUUACGCCUGUACGAUCGUCGGGGUUCGAGAUAGACGAGAAGAAGAAGGACGAAGACGAGGACAAGGACGAGGCCGGAUUCGCUGCCUGUGCACAGCCAGCCGCGCUGGUGAAACCUUCAGGGACGGAGCGGAGCAGCAGCGGAAGCACGCGACUGGAGCUCGAAGCGCCGGAGGGGUUUUGCACAUCGCAAUGAGGCGCGGGGACGCUCCAAGGACGUUGUUGCCGUUGGCGCUGCUGCCACAGCUGCGAAUGCCGCUGUGAAAGACGUUGAGCAGGAGCGUCAGCGGGCGAGCGAGCGAGCGAGCUUGCUUUUCGGCAAAUCCUGUGAUCACGACAUCUCGAUGACAGGUUAGGAUGGAGAAGCUGCGUGCGAGCACGGUGUGCGAGCGCUGUUCCGUGUCGUCGGAGGGAGUUUUAGUAGACGACGAUGCUCAAGUUGUGCAGUCGGCGAUUUAAUUCCGGAAGCAGCGAGCGUCGUGAAUCCAUAGGAGGUUGCUCGAUCUUCUCCGCGCAGUGAUGAUUCAGAUGAUGUCGCCCCUGGGUGACUCGCCCUCGACGACCAUGUCGUCAAAUUCUGUUCACGAAAAGCGCCCGACCCAUGCGUCUUGCAACCUCGAGGUCGGAGUGAAUGGAGAAGAAGUAUUUCGUUUGCACAUGAAACCUCUCCUCUCGCGCUGCGGGCUUCUGGUGAUGCUGGUGAAGGAGGCGAACACCAUGCGGCCGAAAGAGAUCGAGCCGGCGAAGAGCGUGCUGACAGUCGAAUUGGAGAACUUUCCCGGAGGCCCCGAAGCAUUCGAGCUGGCGGCCAAAUUCUGCUACAACGAAGCCGACGUCGCCAUCACAGUGUCGAACGUCGCCACAUUGCGCUGCGUGGCCGAGUUCCUGCAGAUGACGGAGGAAUACGGCAAGGGCAACCUGCUGAAGAAGACAGAGUCGUUUCUGAAGCACGAGGUGUUCUGGAACUGGAAUGACUCUCUGGCCGUCUUGAAAACCUGCGAGACAUUUCUCGUGGUGGCCGAGAAGGCCGACAUCAUCCAGAGAUGCGCGAACGCUCUGGCAUCCAGAGCGUCUCUGAGUCCCGAUACGCUCUCCAGUCCCUCGUUCUCCUCGGAAUCGCACGAUCUCGGGGCCUCGAGUGGCAGCAACAGCUCCAGGAGCUCAUCGAAAUCGCCCAUGUCUGGAAACUGGUGGUUUCACGACUUCUCCUCGCUCUCCGUCUACCUCAUGGAAAGAGUUGUGCGGGCGCUAAUUAAGAAUGGAAUCGACCACAAGAAUCUCGCCAAGUUCCUCCUCCACUAUCUUCGAUCCUCCAUUCCGGCGCUCAAGUUCGGGGCCUACGGAGUAUUCGGCUCCACAUUUCUCUCGCCAGGUUGCUCCGGGCGGAGUUCUGAGGAGGAAAUGUCCCAAAAGCACACGCUGCGAAUUCAGCAGGACGUCAUCGAGACCGUCGUGGACUUGCUGUCCAGCCUUCAGCCGAGGUCAGCAUCGUGCAGGUCGUUGUUCAGUUUGUUGCGGAUUGCUGUGGUGCUCAGCGCCAGCAAAACAUGCCGGAAGGAGAUCGAAAGAAUGAUCGGCGUGCAGCUCGACAAGGCGACUCUGGACAACAUCCUCGUUCCCGCUCUUCCGCGUCGAAGCUCCUCACUCUACGACGUGGAUUUGAUCGUCCGCCUCGCCGAGCACUUCCUUCAAGACCAGGCCGAAGCGCUCGCGUCCGUGGGCUUGACGCAUUCCGUCGACAUGGACAAGCGGAGCGAGCACGAGAUGACUUCCGCUCAGGAUGCGAGCUCUCCUGUCAGGACGGCCCUUCUGCGAGUCGGGGAAUUGAUUGACAAGUAUCUGGCAGAAGUGGCUGCGGAUUCUCAUCUGAAGCCGACCAAGUUUCGCACUCUUGCCGAAGUUUUACCUGAUACGGCCAGAAACUCCAGCGAUGGACUUUACAGAGCAGUCGAGAUCUUUCUCGAGGCACAUCCAAAUUUGUCAAUCACAGAAGCCACCGGACUGUGCAAGGUGAUAAACUUGCAGAAGCUGGGAGUGGAGGCGUGCAAGCGUGUCGCUCAGAACACUAAGUUUCCGGCGAGCUUCGUCUUGCAAGUGGUUCUGGUUCAUCAGAACCAACUGCGCUCUGUGAUGGACGGGUGCAUUCCGAAAGAGCUGCAGGAGAUGAAGUCCUGCAAACCGUCGAAAGAGAUGUACACCUUCAGCAAAGACGGUCGUCUGAAUCGCCAAGCGAUGGUGGUACACCUCGAGUGCUCGAACUUCGAAUUCAUGGUACGACAAAACCAGGAGCUGAAAACGAACUUGAAGAAGAUCCACUCGCGUGUGGCCGAGCUCGAAAGCACUUACAAGCGCUUGCGGCUGGAGAUGGGGCGACUCUUCAGAGCCAAGCGCCGUCCCAAGACCACCACCGCCCAACAAUGACCGCGAGGUGUGGGGGGGGAACGAGUUUUCUUCCAACUCCCGAGUGUACCAUGACAUUUUCAUCUGCCCGUGCAGAAACAAACGCCAUUUCCGAAACGCAAUUUUCGACGAUGCCCGUCGAAAUUGCCGGAGCUGUGUUGCGAGGCUGCGAGCACAUGGGGCCCUUCAUCUUGGACAUCUGAUCUCACUCCGAAGCCCCCCGUGAACCAGCAACCGACCGACCUACAGUCCAUCCAUCCAGCUGAAGCUUUGAAUUCACCGCGGAACAAAGACCAAGUCCGACUCACUUGUCCUUGCAAGCUCCAUCACUUCCCACUACCUUGGAAGGCUGGUUGCCAAGGACAUUAGGACUACUUACGAAGUGAAUUGCCACGCCUCGAGAGGUCGUGAAACUCAGCAGUAGAUGACAUAGCUAUGGGCGCUCCAGUUACCAAGGCCUUCACUCUGACUUGUGUGCCGGGCAGAGGAAAUUCUCUAAUCUUGGGUAAGUUGUAGUCGAGGGUACAGCAACAUAAGCAACUAGACAUCGUUGCGGGAUUCUGUAUAUUAGACCGAGAGCACUUCAUGCGUUAGUAAGAGCUGUCUAGAACACAUUCAUUUCUCUCUCGUUACCGGAUCUGGCCCCUUAGUUUCUUCCACGGGAAGAGAAGAGGAGCAAGUUUUACGUGACGGUGCGUGUAUCCAUUGUACAUUUACGAGGUAGCAUCCAAUUUUCCACAGACCGCAUGCUGGUCCGCUUCACCAUGUGGCCCUUCAUAUUGAGCUCGCAGUGAUUAGUCUUAGAGCCAGUUUCACAGUACUCUGUAAAUUGUUCGAAUGUUUGUUUUUAGAUAUCCUGCAGCACUGUCUGUCACCGACAAGUGUUGCACGACACGAUUGUACCCAUCAUCAUACAACUUUCAUACUCUGUGCGGUGGUUUUUAAAGGAGGAUGCAUCUGUCAAGACUCGUCGUUGAAGUCAUAGCACUGUCAUGGAACAGAGCUCCAUCGAACGCUAGUAGUAACCUCCAUCUUACAUCGUCGCUUCUCUGUAAAAUUCUCUUUACUCGACCGCUCGAUCGGCUACGCCCGGAUUGUUCUGCCGGUGUUACUGAAUUUGGACCGAAUCAUCAUCCAUCUGCUUCGUCUGUAAUCAUCUUUCAAGUUGAGCCUCCGUUUCAAUAAACCACG